GAACAUGACUUGUAUAGCCGAACAAUUUAAAUCAUCUUAUAUUAAAAAUCAAUAAUUAAAUCUUUGUUAAAAAUAUUUAUCGUUAACCGAAUUUUUCUGAUACUCAGGUGUUCGCAAUUUUCUUAUCAUCAAUGGUUAUCAGCAAUGGUUGAGACUUAUUUUUAAAGAGGAUUAGACUUUUAGAAUGAUAAAAUCGUAAAUCAAGGUUCAGAAAUUCUAAAGGGGAUAUCAGUCGAUUAGACUAUCUUUAAUUAGUAAUGGAGCAGUUCUGAUGAAGAGACGUGUUUCUUCAAAUCAUGGAUUUAAAAACUUUGUCUGGCUUCGGCGAAAUUAAGAAGGAACUAAAAUUUGAUGGGUUUUGGGACUGGUUUGUGGCUUACAAUGACGUACACACUCUAUGGAGAGCACAACCUACACAUCUAAUUGUGUCUACAUUAUUUCUCGUUGGCGGUCUCCUCACUUUUUAUCAUGCUCUGAAAUCUGGAGGUCGAUUUGCCCACUUAUGGAUUGGGAUAAUUUGCCACGGAUUAGUUGUAGAAAUCGUGAGCUACAAUCUUCCUGAUAUAGACAGUUUCUGGCAUUCACAAACCUCUAUUAUUUUCCUAGGACGUCGUCUGCCACUUCACAUAAUAUUUGUUUAUGUUGUAUUUAUCUACACCGCAGCGAUUUUUGUCGAUAAACUCAGACUGCCAACCUGGAGUGAACCUUUUGCUGUUGGAUUAAUCGUGGUUUUAAUAGAUUAUCCUUACGAUUUGAUGGCUGUUAAAUUUGUGCAUUGGACGUGGCAUGAUACCGAUCCUAAUAUUUUCGAUCGGCAUUAUCACAUACCAUGGAAUUCUUUUUACUUCCAUGCCACUUUUGCUGCGGCUUUUAUUUUCUGGUUUCAUUUCGUCAGACGAUUUUUAAUUUCAAGCAAGGAUAGAUGGAUGCCUGGAUCGUUUUUAAAAGAAUCACUCUGCACUCUAUUAGCCUCGCUUUUGGGAAUGCCCACUGGUGUGAUACUCUUUAUACCAAACUACCACCUUUUGCACGACAUAUACAAUUUGCAUUCGGAAGUAACUUUUUAUCUCCUACUGGCUGCAUUUGUUGCCUUGAUAUUAAGAGGCAUCUUAAGUUUAAAAACAUUACCUCAACACACAAGGAGUUUAAAAGAUUAUUUGCUUCUGAACUACUUAGUCAUUUACUAUUUAAUAUUCUUUGGAAUGGCUCUAAUUGGGGAUCCAAGUUCCGAAGUAUCGAUAGGAUUACACGAACCGAUUGGACCAUGCGAGGAAAAAGUGGCGAUAAAAACUGCCUUUGGACAAACAUUGUACAAAAGAAAAUAUCUUUGUGUAACUGAUUACGAUGAAUCUUACUUCAAUUUUUCUUGUCUUCCGAAUGGAAAACCGUCUGGAAAAAUCGGAGAAUAUUACACGAUUUGCGGAACGCCAUUUGAAAACAGGGUCGAGUACAUAAUUCUGAUGCUGACAAUAACUAUCAUCGCAGCUGGAGUUUUUCUCAAUAUAUUUUACUGUACGACUGUUUGUAAGAACACUCUCAAGAAGAAAAACUAGAAAUUAAUUUUUAACUCAAGACU